AUGGCAAUUUGUUCCAGUUUUCUUCUCUCUAGCUACCUCAUCAUUUUUCUGUUCCUCCAGCUGCCCACAGUGGGAUCAGGAAAAAUUGGCAAGAGGAACUUGGUCUUGCUAGGGACAAAAGCUGAGUUGCGCUGUCCUCUAUCCCUCUGGAUGGUCCCUGAGUCUAUAGAGGUGAAAUGGCUACGGACCCAGAAAUCCUCAUCUGCCCAGGCUGUUCAUGUGUAUCGGAAUGGGCAAGACUUAUAUGGAGAGCAGAUGCCACAAUACAAAGGGAGAACAGCCUUGGUGAGAGACAACCAGGAAGACAAUUUCAUUCUGGAGAUUUAUAAUGUCCAGCUUGAAGACCAAGGACAAUACCAUUGUCAGAUCCAGGCUGGCAUUCUGAGCAAAAACGCGACAGUGAAACUGGAGGUUGCAGCUUUGGGCUUGGAUCCUUAUAUUCAUAUGAAAAGCUAUGAAGCUGGGCAGAUUCAGCUGGUAUGCAGAACCCUGGGAUGGUUUCCAAAGCCUCAGAUUCAAUGGAGAGAUACUCAUGGAGAGAUACUUCCAUCAGAGACCCAAUAUCUGGAGAAAGAGGGGCUAUUCCAAAUGGAGGCUUCUAUUAGCCUGAGAAAUGUAUCUCCAGGAAACAUGACCUGCUCUAUUUGGAAUGCUGCUCUCGAUCAAGAGAAGAGAACAACUCUAUAUAUAGCAGCCUUUUCCCAUUUGCAUGUCGCCCCCUCUACAGUGGGUCUGGUUGUGAUUCUACCUAUCUUGGGACUCCUCAUUGCAUUGGGUAUUUAUAUCAUAUGGAAGCAACGCAGAGCUAGAGAGAAGCUUCUUUACCAACAAGUAGUAGAAAUAGAAAAUCUUCUCUCAGACCAUGGGAAAGAAAAAGGGAGACUUCAUAAAGGACUCAAGAAACAUCGGGCUGAGCUCAAACUGAAAAGAACUGCAGCGAAUGCAGGCUGGAGGAGAGCCAAACUACACCCGGUGGAUGUGACUUUGGAUCCAGAGACAGCUCAUCCCAAACUCCUCCUCUCGGAGGAUCUGAGAAGCGUGAGGCUGGGGGACAAACGGCAGGACGUUCCCGACAGCCCCAACAGAUUUGACUUUGUGGUCAGUGUUCUGGGGUCUCCGUGCUUUACCUCUGGCUGCCAUUACUGGGAAGUGUGCGUAGCAGACAAGACCAAGUGGAUCCUUGGGGUCUGCAGCGAGGCGGUGAGCAGGAAGGGGAAGAUCACAGCAUCCCCUUCCAACGGCCACUGGCUGUUGCGGCAGAGUCGGCUGAAUGAGUAUGAAGCUCUCACAUCCCCGCAGACUUCCUUCCGCCUCAAAGAAAGCCCUCGCAGGGUGGGGAUUUUCCUGGACUAUGAAGCUGGAUUUGUCUCCUUUUUCAAUGCCACCAACAAAUCCCACAUCUACACAUUCACCCAUGCCUUCUCCGGCCCGCUGCGGCCUUUCUUUGAGCCUUGCCUACAGGACGAAGGGAAAAACGUGGCUCCUUUAAUUAUUUGUUCAGAAUCACAGAGCUCCGAGGAAUUCCUGUACUCGAACCUUUCUCCCGAGACGCCCAAAGACGAGAAGCAGAUUUCAGGCAUUGGUAAUGGGAGCAUACCCGCGAAGUCAAAGCAGGCACCAAACCUUUACCCCCUCCAGGAUAUUAUUUCCUCCUGGCCCUCCGAUGUUGCCCCAGCCCUUCAGGGACUCCGGGCCCCAUCCUUCUAG